AGCCAGUUGCAAGAAGGGCGCAUGCUUCCAUACACGAGCCAGCCACAGGUGGGUUGCAGGCCUUCAUACCCGAGCCAGGCGCAAGCAAGACUGCUCCCUUCAUACCAGAACAGAGGGCAGAUGGAACAGCUGCUUCUGAAACAGAUCCCGCAGCAAGACAGCUACUUGCGUUCGAACCAUUGUCAACUGCCUUCCUAUCAAACACAGCAGCAAUAUGGAAGUCUGCUUUCAAGUCAAAUUCAUACAAUGCCUAACCACAUCACUCAGGGCCAGGCUGUAAAUGGACACCAAUCUUCAAAUCAGAGCUUGCGUUCAAGUCAGAAUCUUUCCAAAACUGGAAACGUACCUGCAAAUCAGAGUCAGACGCAUUGGGCGCAUGUGUCUUUGAACUCAAACUCUGUCCGAGCUGGAUAUAUGCCUUUGAAACAGCCUCAGGUUGGGAGUAUACCUGCAAAUGUAAAUCAGCCUCACUUUGAGUCUUCACAUGUGAGGGAUUUACAGGUCAAGCGAGGCUGUCAAAUACCUGCAUAUGUGAGUCAGUUGCAGACUGGACACCAAACUGCAGGUCAAGAAAAUUUGAACCAUCAACAACUAAACCGAACAUUCCAGCAAAUGUCACACAGUACUACACAAGCUAGUCAAGUGUCUCCUGUUCAUACGCAAGCCACUCAGAUGAUACACCAACGAAAGCUUCGCCAAAUAGCUCCUAAUUUUGAGCAAACUCGGAGUAUGGUAGCGACUGUGCCACAGGGUGUACAGUUACCACCCUACACAGUUCAUGUGAGCCAAGUUCCUGCUAAUCCCACAAAUACAGCAGUUAUGGGACACAUGACUGCAAAUUGUGGAAUGACAGGUCUUGUUCUCUCACAACAGAUUGCAGCUGUUCCCUCUUCUUCGAAAGUACUGGCUGGUUUAUGUUUUUCUGGUGCACAGUCUGUCACUGUUCAGAGUGGAACAACCAGCACGACUCUCAUUAGUACUCAUCAGAAUACAUUUCAGAGUGCACCAAAUGUUAAUUCUAUAAGGAGACAAGGCAGUAGUCACUCGGAAGGAAGAAUUGGGUAUCAAGGAACAGAGACGUCAUUACCUUCAUAUAUGUCUUCAAGUGUUGAAGAUCAAGGUAACCAUUUGUCAUGCCUAGCUGUAGGGCAGGAUUGUGGAGUGAAAGAAACACAGUCAGCAGAUGAAAAUAGGAGCUUUGCAAAUUUACCAGCACUUGGUAGACAAACAGAAAACCAGCAAGAUGUUAGACUACAGUGUAUUGAGCACCAGAGUAACAAAACCUCUUCUGUUAUCCAGAACAAUAGAGCCUCAAAUAGCAGAUCACAACAGAAAAUUACAUCUACUUCUCAUGUUAAUGUAAUAGGUGGAAGUCAACAGACAAUACCUUCAGGAACCCAGGGAACUGGAAGCCAUGGAAGCACUGUAUCAUCUGCAAAAAUCAUAACUGCUGAACCUCAGAGUGCUGAAGUUAUUUUUCCACGAGCUGCAGAUAGUAAUGGUGUGAAUUCACAGGUACAGAAGCCAUAUAGAACAGCUGCUGUGUGUGAAAUACCAAACAGUUCACGGCCAGUCAUUUGUAACACGAUGUCACAGAACAGUGUGGCAGGGUCUUCUGGAGAAUGUUCACACCAACGGGUCCAUAUCUCAAGACGACACCCUAAUAUUUUAAGUACGCAAUCUACAAAUCCAAAGGAUCCGUCAUCCCAUGUUAGUACUUCUGCAAAACAAAGUGGCAUGCUUUAUGUAACAAGUUCUGAAAAUAAUGAAGUUCCUACUAAUAGUUCUGUUCCUAGUCUACAGAAAGCUGCUACAUCACAGUCACAGUUGGUAUUUAGAACUCUGGGAAUUUUGAGACGUGGAAGUUCUGAUCCUGCAGUGUCAGUGUCAAGUACAGAUUCUUUGGAGAGAGACACUCUGGUUACUAGUGCAGAUAAGGACCAGCAUGCAUCCCGUGUAAAGCUACCACAGACUGUUGUUUCUAAUAAUGCUAAGGAUAGCUCUCCAUCCGUGAGAGCAGAAGCAGAUAAAUUAUCACAGCAGAUUUAUACUGACACGAUAGCUACAUCUGCAUCAACUCGAACGGAUAUAAUUAAGAGUGGAAGUACUUCAUGUCCGGCUGUUAGCCCACGUGCUUCAGUUCCACAUGAUCAUGCACCUCAUUCACAUUCAGUAUGUGUUAGUAGUAAUGCAGAUUCAGCAAAUGAAGGCAACCUGUUACAUUCUGUAGAACACCCUGAUGUGCUUAAUGUUUCACGUGCAACAGGUGUAAAACCAAGUAUACCACCAUUGACUCAGUGUGAUAGACAUACAGGACAGAGUCCUGUUACUGUGAAAGACACAAACACCUCUUCCACAAGUUAUAACAGCAGUUGUUUACUGCAACCUGCAAAUGAGGAAAAUACUGAAAUAUGCCACAAUUUUCAGGCAAGUGCUGUGCAAAUGAAAAUCCCAGUAUCAUCUAGUGACAUUUCAUAUUCUCCACAGUUAUUUGGUGGCUGUAAAACACAAUCUAAUCAUGAGAAGGCAUCUAUCCCCAACAGUGUAACAUGCAACAAUGUCAGUCUCAGUUCUGGAGCUUCGUCCUCUAUCGGUCCACCAAUAAUGAACUGUAAAAACAAUACAUACUUGGAAAAAUUGAGUGGUGCACAUGCAAUGACGAGCUGUAUUGCCUCUGUAAAUAUUGUUUCAAUUUCUGCUGCUAAGACCGUGUCUUCUGGGAAUGGUAUGGACACAAACAAUUCUUCUAUAACUGAAAAACAAGGGAAUGCAUCUUCAGCUGUUAUUAGUUCAAAAGAGGCGGAGAGCUGUAAGAAUUUGUCACAUCAGCCAGAGAGGACACAGAAGAUACAGGGAAACACCCCCGGUGAGUCAAAAACAGCCGAUGGUGCCAAUGGAAACAUGUCCACUGUGAGGGUAGAGACUAUUUCUAACACUGGUGCCAAUAAAAGUGUUGCUCCUAAGACAGAUGAGGUAGUCCAGGAAAGCAAGAAACAGAUGAGUGAGAUUUUUGACAGUGACUACUUUCCAGCAGCAAAUGCUGUGCAGCUUAAGCAUAUCUUAACUUCUGGAAGUAUGUCUAAUGUGACAGAUGAUAUGGAAGAGAUGGAUGUCAAAGAAUUUGUAGAAAGUGAUCUUUCAGUUAAUUCAGAAAUGUCCUUAAAACUAAUGUCUCGAGUUUGCUUUGACAACAAGAAAGAGCUCACCUCAGAUUCAGCAUAUUUAGAAAUUAUGGACGGGAGGAACCAGUGUGCUCAAACUGUUUCAGCUGGUGUGAAUAUUGUCAACAAAAAAAAUAAUGUGCCUUUAGAGAAGAAAAGUGGAGUGAACAUUGAUACACCUGCAGUGAAAGGGUCUGCUGUUUCUGAAGAUACUGCUUUGAAUUGUGCCACCAAGGCAGUGUCUCCUGGAUAUGAUGCAGAUGGAGAGAAUUCAUUCUUAACUGAAAAAAGAGAGAACACGAUGUCAAAAUUAAGAAGUCCUUGUAUUGUUAGCUCUAGACAGUCACAGAGUUCUGAUUUGGAUAAUUCAGAGUCCGAAAUAACAGUUGUAAACUGUUUGUCUGAAGAUGAUGAUAUUGAGAUCAUUGAAGAUUGUAGUCCUGUACAGUUCCUAGGCUACAAAUUUGCAAAAGUUGGAGUAGCCACAAAAACAACUUCACGGAGCCAACAUAUCAGUGGUGUAGCUCCUGCAGACUCAUUUACCAAACAUAUCUCUUCAAAAUCUGAAGACAUCAGUUGUGUCAAUGAGACACAAGAAGCAGUUGGUGACAAUACUUCAGCAAAGACUGGAAGCAAAGAUACGAAUAAUGAAACUUCAGAGUCACAAUGUCUCAAAAUAGUAUCUGUUGUAUCGCUGACGUCAGAAGCUAUGGAGGAAAGUGAAAUCCAGUGGCCAUCAUCCCCAGAGCCAAGAACAGUCUCUAGAGACAGUGGAUAUACGACACCAUCAGAAGGGGCAGUUCAUGAUGCUCAGGAGAUUCACAUUGAUGGUGAUGUUCAUUGUGCCUUCUGUGACAACACAGCACAAAUUUUAUGUACUGGGUGUUACAUUACAUGUUACUGCAGUGCUGAUUGCCAGGCAAGGCACUGGCGAGAAGUCCAUUAUGAAGAAUGCAAACAACAAAAUGCUGUUGGAAACAAUCAAGCUCAUUGAUGCAGAGUGAGGAAAAUAAUUUUGUGUACUAAAUUCUACUAUGACAGCAGUGAUCUCUCAUUGCACUUCAUAACUUACACUGCCAUAAUUUUUUUUUUAAGUCUGAGAAAUGAAAACAUUUUUUAUUGUACUGAUUUAGGAUUAUUUCAUACAGAUAUUGGAAAUGAUUGACUGUGUUGGCAGUUAAGGCCUGCAGCAUAAAAAAAGGAUUCUUUUAAAGGCCAUUAAUAUGUGUUAUGGUAUUGUAUCUGGGAGAAUACCUAUGACUCCCAUAAAAUGAUUUUCUAGAGAACUAAUAUGUGAAAGAGUGUCCUGCUGUUUCAUAUGCAAGAGAGAGAAAAUGACACAUUGUAUUCAGCUGUUGAAGAUAUUUAAUGUACAAAAUUUUUAUUUUACUAACAUUAUACUGUGUUUUUGUAAGUAUUGUAAAAAAUUGUUAGUAAUUGCCAAAGAUUAAAGUACAGAAGUCUUUCAGUAUUUGUUUUUAUGAUACCACUAGUGCUCAACAUGUUGUUUUUGGUUAUGUGUUUGAUGGAGGAGGGGGUAUGGGAACUGGAGAAAUGGAAAAGGGGGGAAGGGGGUGUCACAUAUGGAGUCUUCGUUUUUCAGUUAUCACUUAGUUUUUAGUGAUCCAGAUGAAUAAAAAUUGUAAGCGUGGUACAGAACAAAUCUUACAUUUUGGAACAGUUCAGAUACUAUAUAGCAGUUUUGUAGUUACAACCUUUGCCAAACACUGGCACACAGUUUUUAAUCAGUAUGUAUGUUUCAGUAGUAUUGUGUCAAAAUAAUACUUGGUUUGUUAAUCAGGGCAGAAACAGAAUGAAAUGUCAUAUUUCUAUCUACUUUUGUAAUAUUGAAUAGUGGUGAUUGAACAAGACAAGUUCGAGGCUUAACUUAACUCAUCACCUUUGAUGUUCUGCUGUUUGCAAUUGUUUGUAGUUAACUCCAUGUGGUGUGUAAAAUUUGGGUUUGGAGUGUGAACAUUCCUCCCUUCCCCCUUCUCCAGUACUGAAAAUUAGUUUUCUACUGUUUACCUUUGAAGAAAUAAUGACAGCUCGAAGAAUAUCAGUUUCUGACUUCCUUCAUUGAAAUUUUCUGCUGCUUCUAUGUUUAAAAUUUAUAUACUCAUGUUUUGCUCAUAUUAUAGUGUUUAUUUUACUUGUUAAUGUCGCAGGAGCUUCAAAUGCUGUUUUUUUUGUAAAUAAUUAUGUUGUUUUGUUCUAUCUUUUGCACAUUUAUUACAAGACUGAAUUAUUUUGAAUGUUUGCUGUGUGUGUGUGUGUGUGUGUGUGUGUGUGUGUGUGUGUGUGUUUGUUUGUUUGUUUGUUUCGUAUCUGUUGCUCAAUAUUGAGAGUAGUAGGAUAAGAUUUACACUUAAAUGUAAAGAUCAAACUGGUGUAAAUAUAGUUAAAUGAUUUUGUGGACAUUGGUGCAAACGCUCUGAUUUACUUUUGAAUACAAUUUUCUGAAUCUUAGGCAAUGAAAAGGUAUUAAAAUGUUAUGUACAUGUACCAGAAAUGUAAAGUUGCUUUAGUAUCCCUCUCCCAUUUUUUUAGAACUAAUUUAGAGUUUGUUUAUAUAUUUAGUAGACAUUAUUGAAACUGACAUUACAGAGCAAAAACAGAUUGUGUUAUUCGACAAAGUUUUAGUCCUCACCUUUCUUAAAGUUAAUAAAAAUUUAGCUGAUGUGUGUUAUUAAAUACAGAGGGUGUGGGAAGUAAUCUCUUUGUUACCCUUCCAUUUGUUUCUGCUAAUUUUUAAUAUGUUAUUAAGCUUUCAUUUUUCAAAUUGCUUUAACUACUUGUACAAAAUUGUUCACAGUAUUUUACUUUUUUAUUUAAAGCAACUGUUUUCAUUCUGUGUUGAGCAAAAACAGUUUUCCUUACCCAAGUAGUUGCUUGGAUAAAAUGCAGACGAAUACAUUUAUUUUUGUGCAGUUUCAUAUAUCUGCAUUGUUAUAUUUGCAAAUUGCAUAGAUCAUUUGUCAUUUCAAAAUGCUUUAAUAACACACUUUGUUAUUAGUGAUACUUGAAAUUGAUAGCUCUGUAUUUUUAAUUUUUUAAGAAGAAACUAGCCCAAUUUUGUACUUAAUAUUUUCCACAUGUAGAUAUAAAAGUCCUUCAGUGAUGUAAUUUCUGUUCCCUUUGUUGUUGGGAUGUUAGGUUGUAAUAAAGGUGGGAGCUGAUGUAUGAUGGACAUCUUCAUCACAUUUACUGGUUUCAGAAAUAAGUAUUUGUGUUUCACGUACAUUUAAUAUGACAACUUAUUAAUUUACCUUUCAUUGUUACCUUCGUCAGUCAAAUGCCUGUAGUCUUCUUAUUCUGUGCUAUGCAUAAUUCAGUUGUUGGCAGAAAUUACUUCCCUUAACUUCAUAAACCUUCUAGGCUUGUGUAGUUUAGCAGUUACUGCUUCCUAUGCCUAAGCCACAGAUCCACUGUCACCUUCCUGUUCAUAACUCAUUAACAGUAAAUUGUAACAGAAGGUUAAGGGAAGCAUAAGUGAGUCACUCACUGCUGAAACAGAGUGAAUGUUGUGAAGUGGUCAGGCAUAUGAAAGUCCAAUGAUAAAAGUUCAGCUGUUGAAGUUGCAUUGGACAUGGCUUAUGGAUGGACACACACACACACACACACACACACACACACACACACACACACACACACACCCCUACACACCUACCUACCUACCUACCUACCUACCUACCUACUUUUUCCACUGUUUAAUUGUAUUUACCAUAAAAUUGUUUUUCAUUACAUCAUUAGUGUCUGUAGGUGUCAUACUGCCUCAAGCUUCUCUUCUUCACAUCUAUCGACACGAGGUUUUGACUAUAGUUAACUCUGAAAUCACUCUCUUCUGUAUGUUAAUCUUUAUUCCCCUAACUUAAUGACUUCUUGAAGUGUCUGCACCAUCUACUUCAUAGACAGCAUUUGUUGUGCCAUUGGCCUGUAUUUAGAAAUAGCAGUUUGGUGUUUCCCUGUCUCCAGUAUUCAUUCCUAUAGCAAAGGUGAUGAGUGUAAUGCUUCAAUAUUUCCCCAAGACCACCUUUUUGUUUGUGUAUUGUUCUUCGUUAGUUGCCUGGGUGAUUUUCAAAUGAAUAUUUAUUUUAGCUCUACUCUUAAAAUUCUUCUUUUAUGUAUUUGUAUGUAAUGUAUAUCAUUUUAGUUACCUUUAGAGAAUGGAUUGAUACUGUAUAGUACAAAAAUGAAGAAAAGUCAGUUAAAUUAGUGCCUUCUAUGUUUAAUGUCCAUUUGUCAUCCACUGAUAACUCACUUUGUGACAUUACAGUAUUAUUAAUUCAGUGGUGAGUUGUUAUUCCUAAUUGUAGCAAGAAGGGACAUUAUGAUAAAUUUAUUUUUUAUUGUUCACAAGGUCUCACAGGUCCUGUAUGUGAGAUAAGUAGACAAUAUUUCAAUGGUGCCAAAUGUUGAAACUAGAUUUAUCAUUGAUCCUUCCAGAAAUAAAUGGGAGACAGCGUGUGAGAGACCAGAUGUAAAUAAGUAUUGCAUUGCUAUGUGCUUGUGCAGGUGAAAGGACACUCUCCAGUAUUUGUACAAAAAUGUAUCUGUGUGUACAUAUGAUGAUCUUGCUGCACUAGACUUUAUAUUUUGUGUUCGUAUAUAAAUGGAAAGUAUAGACCUGUUAUUUAUUUGAAAUUAUUAUUUUUAUAUAAAUAUGAAAUAAAUUUUUUUACUUUA